AGUUGCAGUCUUCCCUGGAGACUUGCUGAAAUUCUGGUGACCUGGUGAGAGCUCGUGUCCGCGGUGGCGCACAAUGGAUGAAAAGUCCAGGGCUAAAAUAUAGCACUGGGUGCUGGACACAGAGGGCCAAGCUGUGAUUCUGUCAUUGCCUCAAUGUGAGACCUUUUGCCAGCCCACCAUCUCCCCUUGUCUAAUGUGCAAAAUGGGGGCACCUUCCCCUUCCUCUCUGAUGGGGGUCAGUGAGCUCAUGUGAAGCAUUUGGAAAUGCUAGAAGAUGCAGUUCUGCUGAAAUAUAGUCUUGUUGAUUAUUGUGACUGUGUUACGAAAGUCUCUAAGAAAUCCUAUGUAUGCAGUGAGACCUUCUGGGCACAGGUGUUUCAUGAGACAUGAGCCUUUUACUCUCCUCCUUGUUUGUGUUUUCAGUCAGCAAGGAUGACACUGAUCUCUGCGAUGUUUCUUCUGGUUCCCGUGGAGACCACAGCUCAUAGAUAGAGGGAGGGUUGUUCCUUAGCAACCGUCUCUGCUCUUCCUCAGCCUUCAUCCCACCUGCAUAUCUGGACUUCAGCAGGACCUGCCUGCUUGUACAAUUCACUGUGGCACCACAUCAGGGAUCAUGGACCAGGGUGUGCUAGAGGUUCCAACUUCCCCUACACCUGAUGUGGCAGAAAGUGACUCUGUGCUGGCCAACAGCAGUUCAGUGGAACCUGAGGAAGGGAAAAAGGAGCGUCUUCCAGAAGGCUUACGUCCCAGCAGACAGAGAACUUCCCAAAGAAGCUCUAGCAGAGCCUCCUGGAAGAUCUGCAAGGGCCCAGUGGCUCAGGGAACAGCAAAGGAUUCCACAUCUAUUAAAUACCAGGCAUCUCCUUCUGCAAAGUGUGUUCAGACUAAAAAACAGAGCAAACAGAGUCUCCAGGCCAAAACUCCCCCCAUGCAGAGUCUUGAUUUAAGAAGACAUGAAGAGAAAAUAGAAGAUACUUCUGCCACCAAAGACUCAAUAGUGGGGCAUGAGCCAAGACGGAGGAACAGCACUUACUGCCUGUCUGCAAUAUCCAGGCAGAGGGAAGCAGAAGACACGAAACCUGUCUCAAAUGCCAAAGAACCAGUAGCAGACCUGCACCAAACACUGAGGUCUAGAGGGCCUGGAUCUUCCCAGAAGACCAUCAAAGCUAGCUAUGAAAAAGCCAAGAAGACCAACAGCAGAUUAAGUGCCAAAGAGUCCUUAGCAUCAUUAGGGCCAGAUAUGAAAGCAGAAUGGAAGCUUCUUCUGGAGAAGAGAAACAGCUUGAUCCAUACUAACAGCAAAUACAAAUUUGCCAGUGCAGAUGAACUUACCAGGGAUGAAGAGGAACGGCAAGCUCUGCGCAAGGCAGCAUUAAUCAUGGGACAGAAAAGACUCAGCGAGCGUACUGUAAUGCUAAAAAACUCCUUGAACUCUACAUCUUCUGAUGAUUACAACCAGCUGGGUUUUAACCUGAGAUCAAAUAUCUUCCAAGGUGGCCCACUGGAGAGCCAAAGCUUGAUGAAAGAUUCCUACACCCCUGAUAUAAUUCAGAAGGCAAUCAGGGAUCCCAAGAAUUGGCACGGGAGGAGGACCGAUGAGCUAGGGAAAUGGCAUCAGAAAAAUGCCCUAAAUCUCAACCUGCAGAAAACAUUGGAGGACAAGUAUGGGAAGAAAAAAGGCAAGCCUUAGAAGAUGAAGGUUGAGGAUUGGAGUGCAUUCAGUGAGGGAUCUUUUUCCUCAGCCACCUAAUAAACCUCCAUAUAAAGCACGAACCCAUUGCUUGGUAGUUGUCAACAGCAGAUUUGUUGCUGGUGCUCUUUUCCCCUCUCAGUUAGGGUGUCUUUGGGGGGAGCAAUGCAAGAGAAAUUUGAAUGUGAAUACAAAAAAAAAAAUCACUUUGUUGGUCACUGAUAAGGUUGGCCUGAUCAGUGUGUGAGGCACACACCCUUGCAGAGGGAUGUGGUGGUGAGAGAUGGCCACAGAGAAAUUCAUCUGCUCAGCACAUAAGGAGGAGUAGGA